GCCGCGGGCGCCAGCCCGGCCGCAUCCAUUCUGGUUUCUCUCUUCCAUUCUCCCACGUCCUGGUGUGGGAAACGUUCACACAAUGCAUACCUUCACUAGCCGGAGACUAAUCGCCGCUUUGUUACUUGUUUGUAUUGUGCUGUGGUUUUCAUGCUUUAGAAAUGGUGACGGCUCCUGGAUUGGUGCCUCCACGACGACUCCAACCGACUCCGAUGCGUUGCUUGACAGCAGGAUCAGAAACUCUACCCUAGGGUUCCAGAAGAUUUUCGCAAUCGGUUUCAAGGAGCGCACCGAUAAGCAUGAUGCGAUCACAUUGGCGGCAUCCUAUACCGGGCUGGAAGUAGACUGGCUUGAAGGUGUCCGAGCCGCCAAUAUCCCUCCGAAAGCAUAUCCAGCUGCAUGGACGGAGGAGAAACAUCGUGAUAAACCGGCUGAGCUCGGAAGCUGGCGCGCGCAUAUGAAUGCUCUACGGCAUAUCGUGGAGAAGAAGAUCAGCAGCGCUGUCCUUAUGGAAGACGAUUCCGACUGGGAUGUGAACAUCAAGGCCCAAAUGGUCGAAUUUGCUCGGGGCACUAGGGCGCUUCAGGGAACGGAUGGUGUUCCCUUCUCCCCGUACGGCGAUAGCUGGGAUAUGCUAUGGCUAGGGCACUGUGGUAUAAAUUUGCGAGGAGACCCAAAGUUCUAUGUGAUUCCGAACGAUUUGACUGUUACACCGCGACCCCACCAAAACGAGUUUGUUCGUCCUGGACUGGCAGAGGACCCUAGUUUCGAGAACCACCGCCUUAUAUUCCAUGCGGAUAAUGCGAUCUGUUCAUGGGCUAUGGCAUUUACCUACGAAGGCGCCCGCAAGGCACUCACUGCGUUAUCAUACGUCGGGAUCGAUGAGCCGGUUGAUCUAGGCUACAACUUCCUUUGCACUAAUAUUCUGCACGUUCCGUAUGCAUGUUUGUCGUCGCAUCCUAGUAUCAUGGGGACCUGGGCGCAACGUGGUCCGGCUUCGCGGGACUCAGAUAUUACUGACGGCGACGAUACAUGGCACGAAGCCAGCUCGCGGUCUCUCACCUAUAGCACUAUGCUGAACAUUCUACCGCUUGCCAAUAAUAAGACCACAAUAUCCGCGACGUGGGACGAUGUCCCAGCGCCGAAAAUUGAUAUUGCGACGUUUAAGAUACCCAGUGGUUAUUUGUACACCCCCCAUCCUGCAUGAAUGUUCAUCAUGUUUGCACCUUGAAUUUCCCUAUUUAUUUUUUUUAUCUUAUUUAGAUAUUAUUUCUAAGUAUGUACUGGACUGAUGUGAUGUGAUAACUCGUUGCAGUAAUGACAAUACCUUGAUAGAUCAACUCAGAAUUUG